AAAUUAUCUUCUGACUGAGGAACAACUGAAGGAAAAUAACUUCCCUCGACCAGAUCCUGAAAAAAAUGGCCAUGCUAUACUUAGUGGGGUUCUAAGAAAUACUGUAUAUGAUGCUUUCAAAAGGUUGUGCUGUAGGUGUGGCAAGGUAUAUGCUGUUACUGCUUCAGGAGAACAUAGACGUAAAGAAGAAUGCAACUACCAUUCUGGUAGAGUAUUGGAACAAAAAGUUCCUGGUGGCAUGGAAAAACGCUAUAGCUGCUGUGAUAGAGCAGUUGGGUCUGAUGGAUGUCAGAUUGCAAAGACUCUCUGGAGUAACAGAGAAUGAUCUGAAGAAUACUACAACAUCUCUUCAGGGUGUACAGGCAAUACUGCUAAACUUGUUCAGUGCAAAUACAAUUUUAAUUGGACACAGGUUAGAAGAUGGCUUACUUGCUCUCAAGCUAAUUCAUGACACAGUAGUGGACACUUCAAUAGUGUUUCCUCAUUGGCAAGGUUUGCCUUACAAAAGACAACUUUCAAGUCUGGUGGCUGACUACCUCAGGAAAAUUUGUCAAGAUGAUGUUUGUGGGCAUAAUUCCAGGGAAGAUGCAAUUGCUUGUAUGGAACUAAUGCUUUGGAAGGUCAAGGAGGACAAUAAAAGGAGAAAAUAGUGAUAUUAUAGCUUUGGAGAAAGAAGGUGGCGGGGAGAAUCAACCUCAGUUUAGCUCACUGCUCUGUAAUGCUUCAGUACCAAUUAUUUUUCUGAUGGGGAAAAUCUAAUGAGAAAACUUGACUGUAUCUACAGGAAAGAGAAGACACAGAUCUAUAAAAUAUAAGUAAGAUGCACAGAGUAAAUUCUUGUGUUGAAUAGCAAGCCCAUGCUUUUUUCUGUUCUGUUAAAAGAGUAUUAUUUCUGUUAUCAUCCUUACUACUCUGUGUAGCUGGAAACUAUCAUUUGCAGUAAGUGAAAGCACUAUUUGUUUAAAAUUCUGGAUACAAUUUUUGUUUCCACCUUGUUCAGCCUCUGAAAUAAAACUUAA